AAAAAAGAGAAACUAAAUGUGCCUUACAUCAAAUAAGUGCACUCCAUUCAAUUAUUUUCUUAAAACUGAUGUUUUUAUCUUUGAGAUCUUUAUCAAUGAAGAUUAAUGUUACUCGGUGAAACCCGUUAAGCCUGUACAAAUGCAAAAACGCAAACACGGUCGCAUGAAUAGAACCGAUGGAGAACGAGUUUUCUAAGCGAAAGAGGGGUUCCACCUCGAUCCGAUGACCGAAACGUCCGAAACACUUCAGUUAUCGCGUGGCAGUUGCGCGCGUCGUUCUGCUUGUUGUGUGUCAUGGUAAUUUUUUAUCAGGUGUAUCGUCAAGACUGAUAAUCGACAUACAUGUCGUUGAAAAUUUCCGACCGUCGUGCAGCAGCGAUGACAAAUGACGUUGUCACACCGUAAGGUCAUUCCUCGUCCGCCGCGUACGCGACGAAAGGUGCGAAUUGAGGUUAAGUUCUCGUGAGGCCGGGUUGAUCUCGCGACAUGAUCUACUCGCGAAGAUGAGGCGAAACGUGAUCAGUUUGAUCAAGUUCUUCUUUCUGGCGGCCUUUACGGUGUUCCUGACCGUCGUGGUGUUUCGUUACAUGCGGACGCCGCCUAACCGUCAAAUAUUGACGUCUUUCGACGCUUCGGCAGCUGUUGCCGUCGGUCAGAGAAAUCCCGGGGACAACAAUAGAGAGAACGACGAACGUCUGAAUCAGGAUUUAAAUGACAAAAUUGAUUGGCAUGACUACAAGAAGAUCGAGGAAGAGAACAAACGAACUGGAAUGGGAGAACAAGGAAAGCCAGCCUUCCUUUCUCCAUCUCUCGAUGCACGGAAAGAAAAGUUGUAUCAAGUAAACGGAUUCAAUGCUGCUCUCAGCGAUGAGAUCUCGAUGAAUCGUUCAGUGCCUGAUAUCCGCCAUCCAGAUUGUAAAAAGAAGAAAUAUUUGAGAAAUCUAGAUCCUGUUUCUGUGAUAGUGUCUUUCCACAACGAGCAUUUCAGCACGCUGCUGCGAACUUGCUUGAGCGUGAUCAAUCGCUCGCCGCCUUUUCUCCUGGAGGAGAUCAUAUUGGUCGACGAUGCCAGCACGAAAGUGGAAUUGAAGAAGAAGCUAGACGACUAUGUUGCUCAGCACUUGCCAAAGGUAUCGAUCGUGCGAUUACCAAAACGUUCAGGAUUAAUUAGGGGCCGAUUAGCGGGCGCGAAGAGGGCCAGAGCGAAGGUCCUCGUGUUCUUGGACUCGCACAGCGAGGCUAAUGUGAAUUGGCUGCCGCCGUUGCUAGAGCCGAUCGCGCUGGAUUACAGAACCUGCGUUUGUCCGUUCAUCGAUGUGAUAGCUUACGAGACCUUCGAGUACAGAGCACAAGAUGAAGGCGCUCGAGGAGCGUUUGAUUGGGAAUUGUACUACAAGAGGCUGCCGCUGCUACCGGAGGACUUGAAGAGACCCUCGGAGCCGUUCAAGAGUCCCAUUAUGGCUGGCGGUCUGUUCGCCAUCAGCGCCAAGUUCUUCUGGGAAUUGGGCGGUUACGAUCCAGGCUUGGACAUAUGGGGCGGCGAGCAGUACGAGUUAUCCUUCAAGAUCUGGCAGUGCGGCGGACAAAUGUACGAUGCGCCGUGCUCCAGAGUCGGCCACAUCUAUCGCAAGUUCCCGCCGUUUCCCAAUCCCGGCCGCGGCGACUUCCUGGGGAAGAAUUACAAGAGGGUCGCCGAGGUGUGGAUGGACGAGUACGCGGAGUACAUCUACAAGAGACGGCCGCACCUGCGGACGUUGGAUCCGGGCGAUCUGUCGGAGCAGAAGACUUUGCGAGCGAGAUUGCGCUGCAAAUCGUUCAACUGGUUUAUAAAGAACAUAGCCUUUGACCUCAUUGAGAUUUAUCCGCCCAUCGAGCCGGACGACUUCGCCUACGGCGAGAUCCGGAACAUGGCCGCGACCGAGCUGUGCUUGGACUCCAAGAAGCGCAAGAGGGACGAGCUGAUCGUGGUGGACACUUGCAUGAAGGACGAUCCGAAGGUGUCGGGUGAGCAGGAGUUUCGGCUGACCUGGCACAAAGACAUCAGGCCGAAGGAUCGCACUGAUUGCCUGGAUGUGUCCAGAGGCGAGGAGAAGGCACCGGUGAGCUUGUAUCCUUGCCACGGUAAACAGGGCAAUCAGCUGUGGCGUUACGACGUCGAGAAGCAGUGGCUGCAACACGGCUACUCGUCGAGGUGCUUGGACGUCGAUCCGGGCGGCAAGAAAGUGUUCGUGACCGCGUGCAAUAAAUCGUCGCCCACUCAAAAGUGGCGGAUAGAACAGGUUAACAUGAAGGCCAUUAAUAAUUGGGAGAACAUAGGGCCCAAGUUUAAGUGAACCCUCUUCCCACAUACUGCCAUAAUGUUUCUCAGACGGUAGAGCCGGCGCGAGUCGGUCUCCUACUCGUGCAGAAACCUAAGAACACUCCCUUUAUUCCUGGUUGCUAGUCACCCGAUCGUCGCGCGACCCGAGUAAUUUUGCAUGUAGCGUAAGGCGAAAUUUUCGUUUUUUCAAUAUCCAAGCUGGAUAUUAUCAAGCGUCUUCAUAUCGGCGGAUGUGUUUAUAUAUAUCGCAUAAGCGCUCUAUCGUGCCUUACAUUACAUAGCCAUACAUAAGAGUAUAAUGCGAAUUGUAAUGAUUUUAAACAUUUUAGUUUCACUUUCUGCUCAAUUUAAUAUUAUGAUAAACAUGUUUUUUUAAAAAUAUUGUUUAUUAAACAAAACUUUUCAAUCUUUAUUACGAUCUAAGUUGUUGAGAGCAGACGAGUAGUUUUAAAUAUUCUACUGAGAAAU